ACACUUUCCGUCAAGAAAAUAGCAUAAAGAUUAAAACGAAACGGAACUAUGCGACAGAGAAAAGAAAAACCAUUAUGUCGUUGAUUUAUGAAUAAACGAAGGACACUAAAAAUAUUCUAUCAAGGUUGCCGGGAUAGCUAAAUAUUAGAGCUGAUUACUACCACUCCAUAUGAAAUAAUACAUGUUACUAAUGUUUACGUUAGUUGAGUGUUUCGGAAUGAUAUAAAAAUAAAAGGCACUUCUACCGAAAGGUUACUUCUUCUUAAGAAUAUAAGAAACGUAAAUUUUAUUUUAGAACACUAACUGAAAAGUAACGCAGUAGAUAAGCUUUAUACGUAUUGUGCAACAAGAACCUGUUUAACUCUCAAAAACACGUGCGAUAUAGAAUAGUUGAUAGAUGUAUUAGUGUUCGUAAUACAACAGUCAUUUCGAAAGUUAUCAUGAGUUAUUCUGUUGAGAAAAAGUGUUUACUUAUUUACAAGCAGUGACAGUUCACGUAUGCAUUUCUGUUUUAAGGUACAGUCAAAUGGACUAUUUUGGGUGUACAAGGUCAACACGAUUCAUUCGUUGCUUCAGCUGGUGACGUUGUGUUCAUUCCGCAGGGACAUCUUCAUUACUUUGAAAAUGCAGGCGAAACGAAUCUCACUGUUUUGGUUGUAUUCAACACUAGUGUAGCUGAGUCUGACGAUGACAUUGGAAUUGUUGCAUCUAUUAGCGCUAUGCCAACAGAUGUACUGUCGGCCGUGUUUGGUGUAUCACAAGAAGCAUUUGAAAACAUACCGAAAAAUUUUACUCGAGCGCCGAUUGUAUUCAAAAGAAAACAAUAA